CCUCAAUUUCAACCAUAUCAAUUGGUACCAGGAAAUUUCGCGAUACAUGAUCCAUAACAAGCACACCUUCUCUUGGAGACCUCUAGCCAGCCAUGGCCUCUGCUGAUCCGGGCCUCGCCCAAGCAAGCGCACCCGCAGAAGACCCCACGAAAGGCGCCAUCGUCAAGGACAACGACUCACUCGUGGAAACCGAACAUCCAGUAGCACCAGACCAACACGAUCUCCGCUACGAGACAUCAAGAAAUGAAAUCUGGGCAUACUAUUCCUACUACAUCGGCAACAACGGCCUGACCUUGUUCAACUUUGCACCAACAGCAGCACAAAAUUUACUGAGCCAGCACGCCGAAGCAAUUGGUGGUCCUGACAAUGACAUCGUCUCGUUCGCCGGAUCCCGAAGAACAAUCAACAGCGUGAUUCUCCUCUGCAAUGGCAUAUCCUUCGCGAUCCAGAUCGUGAUAUUCCUCAUUCUGGGCGCAUACGCAGACUUUGGCACCUUUCGACCUAAUAUCUUGAUCACGCUUUCAAUAAUCGCCUGGGGCAUCGGAUUCGGCUGGCUCGGCGUUCACACGGUCGAACACUGGCAGAUCGGAUUGGGACUGUAUAUCAUAGGCUUGAUCGCCUACCAAUUGGCCCUCACCUUUUGGACUGCAGCCUUUCCUGGCCUGGCGCGAAAUACCAAGGAGAUCCGAGAGAAAGCGGAACAGUUCGAAAAUGGAGAGAUCACCAGAGAGGAGUAUGAUCAUGCGGAUAGCAUGAAGAGGAAUGAGUUGAGUAAUACGGCUUUCUAUGUGCAAAGCGUGGCCGAGGUCUUCAUUCUGGCGGUUAUUGUCGGUAUUGGAUUUGCGAUGAAAGUGAACAAGAGUGUCGCGAACAAUAAUUAUGGCCUGAGUGUGCUCAUUGCAUUUGCAUCUGGUGUCUGGAUGCUGGUGGCCAUUCCUUGGUUUAUUCUCGAAAAGCGAAGACCUGGUCAAGACCCGGGCAUGAACAUCGUGCUUGCUGGACUCUGGCAAUUGUGGAACGCUAUUACUCAGGUCUGGCAACUGAAGCAGUCUUUGUUCUAUCUGAUCGGCUACUUCCUUCUCGGAGACUCCUUGAACACGACCGUCACUGUGAUUGCCACACUGCAGAAUGAAAUUGUGGCAUACAAUUUCCUGCAACUCACAUACCUCCUUAUUGUCGGAAUCGUAGCUCAAGCCGUCGGAAUUUUCGUCUACUGGAGGAUUCAGAAACGUUACCAACUUCCCACCAAGACCAUGUUCAAUGCCGUCGCGGUUGGCAUCAUUCUGCUCGACGCAUGGGGCAUGAUCGGAAUCUGGACCCAGCGCUUUGGCUUUCACAAUAAAUGGGAGGUCUGGCUCUAUCAAGUCUUUUACGGACUUUUCGUCUGCCCUUGGUACUCUUACUCCCAAACAAUGAUCUCCGAAAUCACGCCCCGCGGGAAAGAAUUCCUCUUCUUCUCCCUCUUCAGCAUCGUUGGCAAAACCUCCAGUUUCAUCGGCCCAUUCAUUUCCUCCGCCAUAAUCGACGCGACAGACGGAAACAACAGUAGUCCUUUCUAUUUCCUAUUCGCGUUGAGUUUAGCGAGUUUUAUAUUUUUGUGUUUGUUUGUGGAUGUGAAGAAGAGUCGGAUUGAGCAGGCGGAGUUUUUGGAACGGGAGAAGAGGUUGAAGAUGGAGAGGAAGGUGAGGAAGGGGGAGGGGGCUUGAUAUAGGUUUUGGGGGAUGAGAGUUGAUAGUUUGUUGAAAUGGAUUGAUUGAUGGGUGUUGUUUCGUUUUCUUCG